AAAAGAGAAAGUAAGUAAAGAAGAUAUCUAUAGUGUCUUGCCAGGCAAAUGUUGGCAACACUCGGGCGAACAGCCGCCAAACCGGUCGAGUGGAGUCGUCGUAACGUUCGGAGACCCUUUCGAGUGCGGGUUGACUAGGUAAACAAAAGAUGCCACGAAACAGCGCCGUCCACGAUCAGGUUCGCAAAGGGUGAUCCUUUUAGCGACGACGCUACGCAAGUGUAUCGAUUAGAAAAUCGAUUGAUCUCAUCUGUGAUUCUCGCAAUCGUUGGAGAAUCGACAAAAAACAUGUUACUCAGGACAUUUGUGAUAUAAUAUGUAAUAUAUUUAAACUAGUCGAUAAUACGUUCAUCUGCGAUUGAUCGAUGUACAUAAUCUUAAAAAUCGAUGGCAACGAAAAUCAAAAUGGACCACAUUCAAGGUGACAUCGAUCUACAAAUCGAUAAUCCAUCGAAAAACGCGGCAAACUUAAUUGAAUGGAAUGUUGACAUGAAAGUAACCGUAUCUAAGGUAAAGAAGUCAAAGAUGUUCCAAAGAUUUUGCAGUAUCGUUCUUUUCUUAUUAGCGAUUAUUUUCGCUAUUACGUUGUCCCAUUUGAGGAAGGAAGUGCGUGCCUUGCAAAUACAAGUGCAAUCUUUAAACAUAAAUUUAUUAUUAUUAACAUCCAAGUAUGAUAGGUUAAAUCGAAGUUUGAAUCGAGUUUGGAUUCAAAGAUCUGAAAGAUUCCUUGAAAGUAAAAAGUUGAAUGAUGUAAAAAGUCUAUUAGAAGGAGGAUCCUCGAUAUCUAAAACCGAAAUUUUCGAUGGAACUCGUAAUACCGUUAACAGAAAUUUAUACACUUACAACACAAUAAUUCCAUAUUUAAAUUCAUUGAAAAAUUUCAAAAGGCAGCAUAUGUUGUACAAUAAGAUUUAUGAUACGAAUAAUACCACAAUUUUUAAAUUAUUUAUGAAGCUGGAAAAUAAUGGAAAUAACGCGAGUGAUACCAAUUUACGUAUUGAAAGAGCAACAUUAACAACAGAAGAACAGAAUUUGAUGAAAAAGAUAUCGAAUCGUGUGAAAAGGAAUCGCGAUAAUAUAAAUGACGGUGAUGAUGAAAGAUUAAAUGUGUGGAAAGAAUCUCGUUCGGGAAGAUCGAGGAGAGAGGAGAGAAGAGGUAAAAAACGGGGAAAGAACAAAAGGCGGCCCAAGCGCAGUCACAGGCGAUUGGGACCUUUGGUGGCAACAUUUGUUGGAGCAAUACCUGAACAACAUAUUACAGAUACAGUUUAUAUUGGCCCAUGGAUUAAAAGUAGUAAAAACAAUACUCAAUAUAAUUUAAAUAAAUUCCAUUUAGUGGAAGAUAAAAAAUCUAUUGAAGUUACAGCGACUGGUUUAUACAUGAUUUCCGCUCAGAUUUUUUAUUUUGGCGAGCCAACAAACUAUUCGUAUUGGAUAUUAUUAAAUUCCGAAGGUAAAUCCACUACGCAAAAACUUGUGAAAUGUUCUACAGCAUCUUCUACAUCAGCUACAGAAGUAUCUUGUUACACAAGUGUAAUAACUCCGUUACAAAGAGGUGAUAGAGUCCAUAUUCAACAACAGGAAAGAGACAGAUUAAUAAAUAUGCGCGAAGGACACAGUUAUAUACAAUUGGUACUUUUAUCCAAUACUAUUUGUAAAAAACGCUUAUGGUGAAGAUGUAAAUUACACACAAAUAUCGAAAAUUGUGCCAUGAAUAAUGAAAGAUGAAAUUUAUUUCUUUAAAUGUGAUUUAAAAAUGCAUUUCUAAAGCAAAAUUCUAACACGAUAUUCUUAAAUAAAA